GCAUGCGUCAGUCUGCCUAGUUUAGCUACGAGCAUCGCCAAGCGCUGACAAUCGUGACUCUGGCACAAACAACGACCUCCUCGGUGACUUUACUUUUGCUCCAGCAGUAGCAGCGGAUUUCUAGCGAUACAAGCUGCUCCUGCAGAAUUCCCUUCCGGCACGAGCACACACGCACCCAACUUAACCCGUUCUAGGAGGAAACCAACGGGCCGUGCGCCACCCAACGGACAAGAUGUUGAAGAUUUGGUCCAUGAAAAAAGAGCAAAAGGAGGCGGAGAAUGCAGAGGGUGCCGCGGCGGGUGGCAAGAAGAAGAAAGUCACGGCAGCCCAGCUGCGCGUUCAGAAAGAUCUGUCUGAGCUGUCGCUCGGCUCAACCAUGUCGACCGAGUUCCCCGACCCCGACAACAUCCUGCACUUUAUCCUGACGAUUGAGCCCGACGAGGGCAUGUACCGCGGCGGCCGCUUCACCUUCGACUUUGCCAUCAACCAGAGCUUCCCGCACGAGCCGCCCAAGGUGCUGUGCCAGGAGAAGAUCUACCACCCCAACAUUGACGUCGAGGGCAAGAUUUGCCUCAACAUCCUGCGUGAGGACUGGAAGCCCGUGCUGAACCUGAAUGCGGUGAUUGUGGGAUUGCAGUUUCUAUUUCUGGAGCCGAAUGCCUCGGAUCCCCUCAAUAAAGAGGCUGCGGAGGAUCUGAGGAGUAACCGCGAGGCGUUUAAGAGGAAUGUGAGGACGGCUAUGACGGGCGGUGUGGUCAAGGGGAAGAGCUACGAUCGUGUGACGAAAUAGAGAAGGAAAGAUUGGUCAGCAAAAGACGAAAAAUGGGCGGCUACGAGAGGAUACGCUUCGUUUAUAUGAGACGUAUAACACCCGACUACGAGGCUCGUGAGGGAUGUGGUCAGCGGCGAACAGACAGACAGCAUAACGAUGGACGACGAUGACGCUAAAAAAAGAAUCAUUUGGGAAGCGCUGCGCAUGAGGGACGGGUGGUACUGGUCUGGUCUCUAUCUACUGGGUUCUCCUAGGCGCCUUGUUCGACGAGCAGUACUGCAGAGAGUAUGGCAGAUGGGACGAGGCUAUGUCUUUUUUUAUUUUUUUCUUAUAGAGUUUGUUGAUUUUGUUUUCUAGUAAGCGUUACAAUACGACGGCAUACCAUGUAGUGAAGCUGGUGCUGCUUGUCUUCCCUGCGGUGAACCUUGAGGGUGUCCUCUCGAGAAAGCAUCUUUUGACGUAUAACUGUAAAAGUGUUCGGCCGGUCGUCGAGGACGGUUGAAAUGCCCGCUAUUCGAUUGAGUUUUUCGCGAUUGGAGGACCAUGUCAUCAACGUUGUAGAGUUUGAUCGGGACUGACAGCGUCCUGUGAGGCAAACUCGAGUACCCGUCCCGCGCCGGCGCACAACGACAAAUCUCCAAAUCAUUCCGCUCGUCUCCAAUUCCCCCGCCCCGAAACAUCGCCGUUGAGUCACCCCCUCCGCAUUUAAAUCAUCCUUUCACAAGCCGACGACAGCUUGGCUCCGAUCCGCACCCCGGUGAUGCGGCUCUUCCGCUAUCGCAGGUCCGGGGGGGGUAGCCAGCCUGCUGUAGCGGGGAAAAACUGGCCUCCGCUGUGCGUGGGGUUCCAGGCGAGCCUUUAGG